GGAAAUUCGAGCCAGUCACCGCCGACGCUUGAGAGGAGAAAGGACGCGCGAUCUUGUCAAAGAAGACGUUGACUGAAAUUUCCCCAAAAUGUCUAUGUACAGAAAUACAGUUUGGUUCUUGAAAGGACUGAAGGAAUAUACUAAAAGUGGAUAUGAAGCAGCAAGCAAAGGGUUUAAAGAAUCCGAUUUGGAAGUUGACUGCACCGGAAAGCACUACAUGAUAACAGGUGCAAACAGUGGAAUUGGCAAAUGCAUCGCAACGGAAAUUGCCAAACGAGGGGGAACAGUUCACAUGGUUUGCCGGAACCCAAAGACUGCGGAAGAAGCCAAGGGCGAAAUCACCGAAGCGUCGAACAAUCAGAACGUCCAUCUACACAUUUUGGAUAUGUCAGUGCCUCAGGAUGUCUGCAAAUUCGCACAAACCUUCAUGGAGCAGCACGACCAGCUACAUACAUUGGUUAAUAACGCAGGGUGCAUGAUCAACACUAGGGAGGUUAUUGACGAAAAUCUCGAGAAAAACUUUGUGACCAACACUCUCAGCACACACAUUCUGACAACCAACCUCAUUCCAAUUCUGAAAAAAAGCGAGAAAGCCAGAGUUGUGGUGGUCACGUCUGGAGGAAUGCUGGUGCAGAAGCUCAAUGCCGAUGACCUGCAGUUCGAGAAGAUGAAGCCUUUUGACGGAACAAUGGCUUAUGCCCAGAACAAGAGACAGCAGGUGGUGAUGACAGAACAGUAUGCAAAGGAAUAUCCUGAUGUUCACUUCUCCUGUAUGCAUCCUGGUUGGGCAGACACACCUGCAGUGAGGAAUUCCAUGCCAGAAUUUUACAAUAAGAUGAAGGAUAAGUUACGAAGCCCCAGUCAGGGAGCAGACACGGCUGUGUGGCUGGCUAUUUCACCUGCUGCUUUGGAACAACAGUCUGGUCUUUUCUUCCAAGAUCGCAGUCCAGCAGCUACACAUCUUCCCUUGGCCUGGACGAAAGUCUGCACCAAAGACGAAGAAAACUUCAUGACUCUGCUGAACGACUUGGCAGCCAAAUUUAAAGCAUAGGUUACCGAGAUCUUCUGAGCAUCAUUACCUCUUUUUUUUCUUUUGCUUUUUCUUUUCUUUUCUUUUGAUUUCCUUUGUCUUUCUCAUCAGUAUUUUGGUUAAUUAAUAUGGGGGGGUAAGAGGUUUAUUAAAUGUACCGUACUGUUCUCUUGUCAGCUAGACCUAACUACCUCAUUACUCCACUUAUCAUCAUUUCCAUCUUCAUGCAGCUUACAUUCAUAGAAAUGAAGUUCCUCAUAUUCCUUAAGAUGUAAAGAAUGAAAAAAAUGCAUGUAUAUACAUAAGUAACAGGGAUGUUCUGGAGUAUAAAUAAUUGCUAAUGAAUGGUAAUCAACCAUGCAUUUAGUUAUUACUGCAUGAAUAUCUACAGAGUACAGUCUAAGUGCCUCUUCACCAUUUAUUAAAAAUAAUCUUGCUGUCAGGAGAUAAAAAACUAAUCUUUUAGAACUUUCCCAUGAAAAAGAAGAUACUCGAGGAUCAAAACACACACGAGAACAGAAGAACCGUUUGUGUGAUUUUAGUUGAUGUUCGUGAUUGAUAGAUGAGCACUCACGGCCAGAACAAUCUUCUUUAAAGAUGUAAUCACACCAUGAAUGUGAAAUGAAAUUUACUUAUGAUCAGUGUAAUUAUCUAAGUUUUUAUAUAUAUAAGUAUAUAGAUAGGUAAAGAUAUAGAUAUAAUUCUGCCAGUGAUUUUGUCUGUCAGUUAUAUACAAAGUCUUCAAAUUCUCUAGUUAAUGAUUUAGACACUAUCACUCUCAGAUAGAGAUCAGAGGCAUAAGAAGGGGUAAAGGAAUAAAGUAGAAUGUAGGUUGGUAAUUUAAAUAUGAUUUAACAUCCUCAAAUAUUAAUGAAGUCACUACUAAAGACUUCAUAAUCAAUUAAUUUUUUGUUUUUUGUAGGUUUGAAGCAACUUCUUUGAAAAGAUAACCUUGUAAGAUGUUUCAAGGGUUUUAAUACUAACUAGGGGUACGAUGUAAACAAAGAAUUUCUGAACAAAAUAUUCCCACCUCCCCAUCCUAGUCUUAUUUAGCAAAAAAAAAAAAAAAAAAAAAAAAAAAAAAAAAAAAAAAAAAAAAAAUAAAUAAAUAAAUAAAUCCCCUCAUAAUGAUGAUAAUAACAAAUUAAUAAUUUCAAUUUACUCUAGAAUACACUUCACAUAGGUUCAACAUUUACACUUUGAUCUGAUAUAUUUGUCUUAGGCAUAUUGUCCUCUUGUUAUUAGCUGCCAUAGUCUGUGGAGCCAUGGUGUUCGUCCCAGCUAUGUUUGACCACACUGUUUGUCUGGGCUGUGCAUUGAUACCAUACAAUGAGUCAUGACAAUCUCAACCUUAUGCAAUUGUAUAAAAGUUUGUAUCUUUGCCCAAUCAUUUCAGACACAAUCUUGUGUUAAAUAAUCCAGAAGUAUGAUGGAAUUCUGCCAGAAUAUAUGAAAAAUAUAUAAAAUGUAUGGAAGAAGAAGAAGGGAAAAAAAAGCAUAUCAUUUUAUACAUCUGAUGGAUGUAGCAGAAAAUUGUUCAGGAGCAUGGUAAACAUUGCAUUGUGAACUCCAGAUAGUUUUACUUUAUAAAAUCAGACAAUCAGUUUUCAUCAGUUACAUCUUAGCAGAAUAUUAAAUUUUUACAUUGGUUUUUAACAUGAGUGGCAGUUUAUAAAAGCCAAAAGUCUGCUCUGAGAUUUCCUUAUAAACCUAUUUGCUAGUGACAUGCCUUUCUUGAGGUGGUAUCUUUAAAGAUGCUGCUAACAUGUUACCAAGAAUUGCACAAAAGAAUUUUUCACUUGUGAUACUAAGAGAGGGUUCCACUUAUGCUUUGAUUUAAGCCGAGAGAAGUCCUGCAUGGAAAAAUGAUAGGAAACAAAUGCUCAAACCUUACCUCAAAAUUUCAAAUCUCAAGAGUAGGUAGGUCCAACACAAAAAUGUAAUUUAUUAUAUAAUCUUACCUGUAUUAGGUCUCCCUUUUGAAGGCCUUAUACCAUUAAAUAUAAGUCAUAGUUAGCAUGAAAGUUAUCAAGGACCUUUUCAGCACAAUAUCAACCAACUUCCACUUGGUGAGGUGAACCGGUCACUCACUUAUAAAUUGUUAAAUGCAGAAUAAAUUGUUAUAGUUGUGAGAGGAAGAUGUAAAUAAUUUUAUCUCAUGUCUCUGCAAUACUGAAUAUAUUUCAGUAUUAAAAUGUAAACUUUGUCCAAUAAAACCAAAUUACACAAUCAA